CGCUUCACGUAUCCACCUUCACCGAUCCUACCCGCCGCAAACAGCCUACAGCCCACACACUCGUUGCCCCACAGUAUCGCAACACCAACAUCCUCUCUGCUCAAGCUCCUGCCGCGGAAGGCCGACGCCCCACAAGCUGUCGAGGACUUCGUCGAGUGGGUUAAUACACAGCACAAUCAGCCAAUUCAGCUAUUCACUGGUUCUGCCAUCAAGCGUCUCAAACCAGACAAUGGCGGUAAGUAUAUCGCCUCCCGCCUUCAAUGUUUCCUUCGGCGGAAAGGCAUAGUGCACGCCACCGUACCGCCAUGUUCCGCCCGGUCCACGUUCUUUUCCAGCCAUCUCCAGAAAGCGGCCGCCAUGGUAUGAUGAGUGGCGGGGAGAGGGACGGGGAGAGGUUUGCGGUGUUUGCGGAAGACGUGGCGGCUCGCGGGAAGGCGUUGGGCUCGCUCAGGCGGCCGCUGAGGCAGCGAGUCGGCGUGUUGGGCAGCGGGCUCUACGAAGGGUCAGUGGCAAGCUUGCGCAGACUUAAGCAGCGAGGACAGAAACGCACUCAGUCAAGAUAUGUAGUCAGGACGCUGGGAGACAUUUUCGUGCUUGUGGUUGUUGGUGCCCGAUGGGUUGCGACAAGACCACGUGCAAGCCCACUGAAUGCGCCAAGCAUGUGGCCCGUGUGCGUCCCCGCUCUUAGGAAGCCAGCCUGGCAGCCUGGAAAUAUUCAUCAGACGCUGGCCUUUGUGGGGGGUGGGGCGCCAAAUCACCUACAGUCUCCGUUUGGGCGGUGCGUCCUUCCAUCAAAAACCUAUGCCGCGUACGACUUCCUGCAGCCAGCCCUGAAAAUUGGCCACAUCCAGCCUACCAAUGUAGAUGCGUCCCAAACGUUCGACAGGCUAGCUCUGAGACCGAGAGGAGUAGGAAUCUACUUUCUAUGAGAACUUGUUAAGACUAACGCGUCGCAGAUCCCUCGUGCGAAACCUCCCUAUACGAUAAUCAGAACGGCCACGACGACCGCGAAGGGCACUACGACGACGAAAAACACCGCGACCGACGCCACGACAAUAGCUGGCCCGACGACCGACAAGUGACACGACAGCCGACGACAAGCAAGGCAGACGGCAGCAGGAAGGCUCGUCAAAACAACGUCGCACCUGUGCCGAAGCGCCUCCCCAGCACCAUCCAACGCGCCGCAGCCAUUCCGAACAAUUCAGUUACGUUGUACUACAUUCGCGACUGUAUUCCAGGGCAAGCGGAGCCCUUUUCAUAAUCAACACCGUCGUUACCCAUCACAA